AUGCGUGUUACUCGUUGGGCACUGCUCGUCGCGGCGCUGGCCGUUUCCGUGUACGCCAAAGAUGCUGCCCCAGUCAAAAACGACGGAGAGUGCGUAGCGCCAUCCGUCGUGGAGAAUUUUGAGUCGAAGAUCGCAGGCUUGAAGCAAUCCAACUCCGAGCUGCAACUCCAAGUCGAUGCCUAUGGCAAGGAGAAGACGAAGCUGCUGUCUGGUGUAGCCAAGGAGCAUGAAGCAGUCGUGUUGAAGCUGCAGGACGAGAUUGCAGCGCUCGAAAAGGACGUGGCCAUCGAAAAAAAGGCCGUGGAAAAGUCCGACGCUGAGCUCAAGAGCGCACUGGACAAGCUGGCCACAGAGCGAACUGCA